GCAAGUCUCAGGCUGCCACGUCUGCUGAGUUCAGCCACGCGUCGACCAUUUCGGGGUCUCCGAACCUCAUUCUCUUGCCACGGAUCGCUCCCACAACGAAAGCCAUGCUGCCGAGCUCUUCAUAGACGACGAAACCUCGUACGUUCAUCCUUUGUAGAACACGAGUCACGUAGUCAGCAAGCGCACGACCAAGGAAAAAUGAGCCAGGACCAGCCACAGAGACCGGAGCAAGGCCAAGCCGGCCGUGAUCCCGUCAAGUACGGUGACGUCUUCGACGUCUCCAGCGACCUCGCCUCAAAGCCCAUCGCUCCUCAGGACGCAGCAAUGAUGCAAACUGCCGAGGCCGUGGUCUUCGGCCAGACCCAGAAGGGCAGCCCUGCUGCCGUCAUGCAGUCCGCUGCUACCAGGAACGAGCAGGCCGGCCUGGUUGGCCACCGCGAUGCGACAGACGUGGCCAAAGACCAAGGCGUCACUGUCACUGAGACCGAUGUCCCCGGUCAGCGAAUAAUCACUGAAGCAGUGGCCGGACAGGUCGUUGGACAAUAUGUCGAACCCACGCCGGUGCAACACUCGGAACCGGCAGCUGUGGUGGAGCAGAGCGCGAUCACCAUUGGUGAAGCGCUCGAAGCGGUGGCCCUGACAGUGGGAGGCAAGCCGGUGGAGCAGAGCGACGCUGCCGCAAUUCAAGCGGCGGAGGUUAGGGCGACCGGAUCCAACGUCAUAAGUCCCGGGGGCCUAGCCGCUUCCGCUCAAUCCGCGGCUGCUCACAACGAGGGGGUCGACAGGGACGAGGACAAGAUCAAAUUGGGCGACGUCUUGACGGGUGCGAAGGAGAAGCUGCCGGCCGACAAGGCGGCGACGAGGCAAGAUGCCGAAGGGGUGGCGAGCGCGGAGCUGAGGAACAACCCCAACGUGGUGACGCAGCCGGGUGGUGUGGCGGCCUCGGUCGCCGCCGCCGCUCGACUCAACGAAGCUGUCAACCCUUGAGACAAGAAAGAGUUCGGAGAGGAAGCUUUGUUCGAUAAGACGGGGCUUUUUGUCUGGGUUUUCGUCUUCUCUUGGAUGUGUUUUCUUCUCGAUGUAAAGCGUGCGGUGUGGUAACAUCUGUGCAUUGCUGGGUCUUGUCUUUUGAACUUUUUCGCUCCUCUCUGUUGUCUUUGUUUCAAAUUUGCAAGUCUUUCGUUCAAUC